AUGAUUGUAUGUAAGGGAAUCUGCGGCGCCCAAGAACGUUAUCCAUAUAACAUCGAUUUCACCUGGGAACCCCACCCCUCCUGGCCCAUCUUCCCCCCGACUCCCCACAAAUAUAAGGCCAAGAAGCCCGAGAACCCUACGACGGAUGGAACCAAUAAAGCCAGGCCCAGCGCCAGAAAGCCCACCAAGCCGCUCACCCUGAAGUUCAUCAAGACUCAUGAUGGCGACAAGCGCGAUCGUGAGGAUGAAGAUAGUGAUGGCACCGAGAAUCAUGAAAGUCAGUCCUCCCUGGCAUUUGACAGAUGA